AUGUCGACCGCCCCUCAAACCCCUAAAAAGUCGAGGAUACGCAAAAAAACUCCCAUAAGGCGUCUGGGUACGCCAUUCAAGGGUUCACAUCUUCCUCGUGGAAGCCCAGCAAGGUCUACCGUCAGUACCUUGAAAGGAGACGAUGAGAGUGAAUGGACUGGGUACAAAUACGAGGCGGGGGAAACGUCCAUACACGAGCACGACGACGACCAAACACUUCGCGCCUCGGAUAGCGAGAUGGAAGAAAAGCCGAUUGCGCUAUUUGGAAGAGGACCUAGAGUACUCUUUCGAUCAACGGAACCCAGCCCAGAUCCACGAGGUCGCAAAAGAAGCAACUCGAUUGUCCGACGCGCUGAAAAGCGCUCACGAAGGAAAAGUCGAAGUACGACGAGGACGAGCGUGGUGUUCGACCUCGCCACUCUCGACAGGAAUACGACGACGCCAAUUAAUCGCGUUCGCCGAGUUAAGCGGUGGAUGAGAGAGAAUUCGGCGCGGUCCAUCAACCGAUCAAAUCGUAUUCAUAUGGACGAGGACACCGAACAACUUAUCAACAAAAACUUUGCGCGCGGUUACCAGUCGAAAUCUGACGAGCGCGAGUACGAGGAAACACCAACGCGUCACCCUCCUUUCACACCCUUACUCUUGUCCGCGGUAUGCCGCUACUGGCGUUCUAUCGUGACAAAUCAACCCCUUCUCUGGCUGUACGUCGCUAUCCCCCAAACAGAGAAAAUUAGCAGGCGGCAGCGGGAGCGCAUUCUGUACUACAGUGCGCGUCUUGCCUCUCACCUCCCAAUCGCAUAUACCUACGAGCGAACGAGGUCACGUGCACAACAGUACGGAUUGGUCGCAGUACUGCGCGAGGCAUUUGCUGCAUAUCAAACGUUUGAGAUACGUAAAGGGAAGCACCUUGAUAGUCGUAUCCUCUCUUUAUUUCUGGAGAAACUCUCUCCACAGGCGGAGACUCUACGGCUCUUGUCGCAGGCACACACCCGGAUGAUCGAUCGCGACUGCUGGAACUUGUCCGGCACGGCGGUGUGCAACGUUAGCAGACUCUCCUGUCUCGGACUUAGCGUGCGAAUUCAACGAACUCCACGACAGGGCCUAGAGACCUUUGGAAAGCUCAGGUCGCUUGCGAUUCGUGAUACCGUCUGUCUCUCCGCAGAUCUCCAGGAGUGCUUGGAAAACUUGGGGUCUGUGGAACAUCUGGAGCUGGAUGGAACGACAUUUCGAUCCAACCACGCCCCUAAACGAGUCACUAUUCCUUCCUUGACAUUCCUAUCCUGCAAUCUCGUCCAGUUUUACGACCUCCAUUUCCUCGGAUCCGCUCCAAAGAUUCAAACUCUCGAACUACGCCUCCUCGAGGCUCAUUACAAGAGCCAUUGGGAGCGCUUCUCCCACCUUGCGAUUGGGCAGGUCGCUAUUCGUGAUCUGCGCAUUUCGUCGUCCAAGGACCUCGAUUAUUCGCCCAAAGGAGAACAAAUGUACCUGGAUGUCAUUCAGCAUUUCAGGAACAUACAGAGCCUGGAACUCAGCGGGACAUUUGCGAUAUUGUCGUUACAGGCCUUGCCAAAUCCGCAUAUCCCGCUCGCAGAACUGCAACGGGUGUCGAUUCGGGAAAGCAAAAUUCAAGGCGAUGACAUUGACGCGUUUUUGUCGCGCUUUCGAUCACGGCAUAACAGGUUGUUGGACAUCAUCUGCCGCGGUUGCCGCAACGUAGAUAACACCGGAGGAGCAUGCGCGAGUUUCUCGGUUUCACAGUGA